AUGGGUGUCGGUCGCCGCAUGAAGAAGCAGGGCCCGCCCCCGCCGCUCGACGAAUCCCUCGUCACGCGCAAGCGCAAGAACCUCGACGAGGCCGCGCCCGCCCCCGCCGCUGCCACUGGCAAGCCGAAGAAGCGCAGGACGUCCGAGGAGGCCGCGCCCGCGUCGCAGAAGGAGGUCGCCAAGGCUAGUGCUAAGGGCGGAAAGAAGGCUGUGCCGCCGGUUGAAGAGGAGGACGAAGAUAUGUGGGAGAGCGACGCGGAGGACUCCGAGGCCGACGUCGUGGACGAGUUUGAUCUGGGCGGUGACGACGAGUCGAUGCCCGACGACGAAUUCUUGGACGACGGCGAGGAUGUUGUCGACUCGGACGAGGAGGUCAUGCGCAAGGGCAUGUGGUCCGAGGACGAGGACGACGACGCAGAGGAGGAGCUCACGGCCGCCAACAUCGAGGGUCUGUCGCGGAGGCUCGACAUGGAGAGGGCGCGGGAAGAGGCCGAGGCGCAGGCCGAACUGGAGGAGGCCGCAAUCCAGACGAACAUUGCCGGUGACCGGCCCAAGAUUCUCGCCGACUCGGACGACGAGGACGAGGGCGCUGCGAGCAGGCUGGCGCCCGAUCUCCAGCUGUUGCGCACGCGCAUCACCGACACGAUUCGCGUGCUCAACGACUUUUCGAACCUGGCGGAAGAGGGCCGGUCGAGGGCCGAGUACACCGCUCAGGUUCUCAAGGACAUUUGCGCAUACUACGGAUACUCGCCCUUCCUGGCGGAGAAGCUGUGGAACCUGUUCCCGCCCUCGGAGGCCUUUGCCUUCUUCGAAGCCAACGAGACGCCCCGUCCCCUGGUCAUCCGCACAAACACGCUGCGCACGCAUCGUCGCCAGCUCGCCCAGUCGCUCAUCAACCGCGGCGUAACCCUCGAGCCCGUGGGCAAGUGGUCCAAGGUCGGUCUGCAGGUCUUCGAGUCGCAGGUCCCCAUCGGUGCCACGCCCGAGUACCUCGCCGGCCACUAUAUUCUUCAGGCCGCGUCGUCGUUCCUGCCCGUCAUGGCGCUGGCCCCGCAGGAGCACGAGCGCGUGCUCGAUAUGGCCUCGGCCCCCGGUGGUAAGACGACGCACAUUGCGGCGCUGAUGAAGAACACGGGUUGCAUCUUUGCCAACGAUGCCAACAAGGCGCGUGCCAAGGGUCUGAUCGGUAACAUUCACCGUCUGGGCGUCAAGAACACGAUUGUCUGCAACUACGACGCCAUGGAGUUCCCGCGGGUCAUUGGCGGUUUCGACAGAGUGCUGCUCGACGCUCCCUGCUCCGGCACCGGCGUCAUCGCCAAGGACGCGUCGGUCAAGACGAACAAGACGGAGAAGGACUUUAUGCGGCUGCCGCACCUGCAGAAGCAGCUGCUGCUGCACGCGAUCGACUCGGUCGACCACGCGUCCAAGACGGGCGGCUACAUCGUGUACUCGACGUGCUCGGUGACGACGGACGAGAACGAGCGCGUGGUGCAGUACGCGCUGGACAAGCGGCCGAACGUAAAGCUGGUCAGCACGGGGCUGACAUUCGGCAAAGAAGGCUUCACAAGCAUCGCGGGCCGCCAGUUCCACCCCUCGCUCAAGGAGACGCGCCGGUACUACCCGCACGCCUACAACGUCGACGGCUUCUUCGUCGCUAAGUUCAAGAAGACGGGCCCCACGCCCGCCAACGCCGUCAACGCGUCCAACUCGAGCGCCAAGGCCGUGCCCAUCAGAUCCGCGGCCGCCGACGUCGAGAACUUUGCUGAUAAGACCCCGAUUGCGACGGAGGAUGAGGCGGACGAUGCCGCGGACGACGACUUUGGCGGCUGGGACGACGAGGAGGACCAGAAGCUUAUUGAGCGCGCCCGCAAGUCGCAGCUGCGCCGCAAGGGCAAGGACCCGCGCGCCGUG